AGCAACUGACAGACAAAGAGACACAGACCUCAACAUCACUUCUUAUAAAGAGAUUCAAACAUGGGAUCAUCUCAAACAAAACCUGAAUUUGUCUCUGUUUUGGCUGAUCAACAAGUGAAACAUGGACAUAAUGUUACUCUUAAAUGUGAGGCAAACACAGAAGACGUAACAGCAGAGUGGGAGAAGAGUGGAUGUCGUUUACAAUGUGUGUAUGGCAAGCACACAGUGGAUAAGCGUUUUACCACGUUUACCUUGAAUAUCAAUAAUGUUCAAAAGGAAGAUGAAGGGAAAUACACAUUAAAGCUGACGAAUAAGGCUGGUACUGCCUCAUGCUCUGCCAUGGUCAUUGUUGAAAUCAAGGAAUGGAGGACUAUCGAGUGGAAACAAGAUCCAAUGAUCAGAAAAAUAAGGGACUUUAAAAUUAAGAAUGAGGAAGUCAGAGAGCUUCGUUUCCUUCUGCAUGGACCAAUUGGAGCAGGAAAAUCCAGCAUCAUCAACACCAUCAAAAGCAUUUUUGAAGAACAUCAAUUCAUCAACUGUCUGGCUGCUUCAGAUUCAGAUGCAACUGGAACAAGUUUUACUACAAAGUACCAGAAGUUCUCUAUUGGAACCUUACCUUUCGCCUUCUAUGAUGUGAUGGGCCUGGAAAAAGACAAUAAAGAUGGACGAUCAAAAGGAGCGCGCUCUGAUGACAUCAUCAAUGCAUUAAAGGGUCACAUACCAGAUGACUAUGAAUUCAAGGACAACUACCCAAUGUCUAAAGAAAAUGUUAAUUACAUCAGUGAUCCCACUCUGAAUAAUAAGAUUCACUGCCUAGUGAGUGUUAUUGCAGCAGACAAAGUUAGCAUAAUGGACAAUGAAGUCAUCCAGAAAAUGAAGGACAUCAGAGCAGAAGCCAGUAAAUUAGGAAUCCCUCAGCUGGUUUUCGUGACAAAAAUGGACAAGGUUUGCGUGCUGGCACGGGAGGAUUUGACCAAGACCUUCCAAAGCAAGAAGAUCAAGGAGAAAAUGGAAGAGUGCAGCACUAAACUGGGAGUCCCUAUGAACUGCACCUUCCCUAUGAAGAACUAUCAUGAGGAGACCAAGAUGAAUGAGAAGCUAAACUGCCUGGUGCUGGAGGCCUUCACACAGGCUGUGGAAUCAGCUAAUGACUAUGUUAAAAAGUUUUCACACAAGGAGUGACAUGCAGAAUGAUUCAUCUUCAUAGAAAACUUGUAACUCAUAACACGUUGAGUCAAGAACCACCCAAAUAUCUGUAUCUUGUUAUAAUGCUUAUGUAUCAGAUCAGUUGGUCCACCAAAUAUGUAUGUUGCCUCACCUUUCUCGACUGUAGCAUUUGUUGUCAUUAACAAUUUAUCAGCCAUUCUCUAUGCCAUUCAUUAUUGGGCAGUUUCUGAAUGGUCAAUGUUGACCAGAUAUUAUUUGGGUGUGGACCACUCUCAGCAGUGGCGUGGUAUUGUGUGCAGCACUGAUAUGAGUGUGAGGUUGAUAAGUCAGCGAAGAGCAGCUCUGAGGUCAUAAACUGACCAUUCAUGAAGGUCUAGAGGAUGGCUAAGCCACAUUGUGGGCUUCAGCUACACUGUCUGCCUGUACACCAGUAGGAUGGAGCUACAAGAGAGGGGUUUCUGAUAAAGUGUCCAGCUUAUAUUUUGUUUCUAAAUGCCCAUUAUUAAAAGCUUUUGAUCAAAGGUAGGCAUUAUGUAAACUAAAGCAUGAAAUUUCACUCCACUACUUUUCUGUUUGUAAAUGGAUCAGUGACAAAUCUAGACAUGAUGUGCAUUUUGUAUUCUGUUUAUUGAUAUGUUUCAUAGCUUUUGAAACAGUAUUAAUACAUUUUUUCCUCAACUUUGCCACCCUGAAAUGAUCUGGACUA